AUGGGUCUUGGGUGUAUGAUAUUGUCUGUCAAAGGAGGCUACAAGUGUAAAAGUGUUUUGGAAAACUGCAAAGUGGUCUACACAUGCAAGGAGGAAUACAAGGCAAGCAUGGAAUAUCUUGGACUAGGAAGUAAGGAAGUGCUAAAAAAUGAUGAAGACGUGUCAAAACUCAGCUUGAAUAGCCUCCCACUGACCAAAUCUGGGACACUUUCAGCAUCAAAACUGGCUGCCUCCCUGCAAGCGAGGAAGCUGAGCCCCGCAGCGCCCGCUGCCGCCCGAGUCCAGACCCCACCUGAGCCCCGCGAAGCCGCUGACCGGGUGCGACGCUCACCCCGCCCCCCACCCCCCCCAACUCCACAUCCCACCCGCACACACACAUCCCCUGCCCGGCCCCCUCCCCGGCCCGGGGACAGCGCCCGCGGCCCACGCCCAGCCACCUCGCUGAGUCGCCUCUGGCCUGUGGGAAGCGGAGCCGCGUGUUGUGGGGCUUGCCCCUCUCUCAGCCAGGAGACAGAAUUCCUGCGUCCCAGGCGUGAUGGGCUCGUCCAACGCCUUAACCACUCGGCCAUCCUGGUGCAGGCGCACGACUUGUCGUUCGCUCUUCCUACAAGGCCUACUCCACCGUCUGCUUUGCGCCCCCCCUCCCUCAGGAAUGCCAGGGGGCCUUCGCCGCCGCUCCCUUCGUUUUCCCAGCCCGAGCUGGAGCUGCGUGCCAGCCGGAGCCUCCUUUUUCCGCCGCCGCAGCUCACUGUUGCCCCUGGCCCGCCGCGGCCGCCAGGGCAACUGCAGCCGAGCUUGGCGCGCUUUCGGCGGCGGCGGCGGCAGUCGGCUGGCUCAGGCGGAACUCGGGCCCCGCCGCUCUGCUUUCGGUUUCGAGGGGCGCGGGCGCGGGAAACAAACACGCCAGCACACCUCUGGAUUCCUGGGAGCACGUUUAGGAGGCGCCCGGGACGGGUGGCGGCGCUGGGACGCGGCCCAGAGAGUGGCGGUCGGUUUGUUGCUGUGGUUUGUUUUAUCCCAGGUAGCAUGAACUUCGAGGACUGGGUUGCGUGGGCGGCGGCAGGGCUCCCGGACCCGCGGGCCCGUGGGCCGCUUUUCUUCCCCGCAAGGCACACGGGCAGGGAGUGUUGUGGCAACCUGUGUCUGCAUUGCGCCGCCGCGUGCGGGGAGCGCGGCACAUUCGCCCUCCUGGCUGGCUGCGGACACGCUGCAGAUGCGGAUGCGGGGACCUCCUCUCUGUUCCCAGACCCGCCCAUGCACCUAGAUGUUCGUGUUCUCUUAACUGUUCUGCAAUGCUCUCCUUCCUUCUUGUGCAAAAGAGAUUUCAGUUCGUCCUUUCAGUUGACUUCCUUUUCCGGGGCUUUCACACCAUUCUCCGCUACAGAGGACCUGGAGUCCACCACAGAGCCACGGCUUCUGUGUCCUGGGGCGUCAGGGAGCCUGGGGACUGCGCCACCGUUUGUUCAGACAGUGCAGGCGGCCGUCUUUGACCAAGAACUUCCUUCAUCCCGGAGACUGUUCACAUUCACGUCACCCUCUGGCUCCUCACCCACUGGGUCACGUUGUGAGAAACCCAUUGCCCUGCCACCUCCAGGACGCCUGUGACUCCUGGGAACGUUGCCAUGACCUGCGGAGACCUUCGCCCAGCCUGCUGCCCUGGUUUUCUGAGUUCCAGUCAAUAACAUGGACCGACCCUAAGAGAGCUCCCCAGGAUAGUAAGGGGUGGCAUUGCCGCCCUACCCACUUCGCCAUAUAACACAGUGAGGGAUCAGUGGCCUGAGUCUACAUUCUGGCAUCAGUACUAUCCCUCGGCUAAAUUAGACCUGGCCCUGUCCUGCUGAGAGAAGAAGGAGGACUUGGACUCUUGCCAGGGUCUAGAGGCAUUAAUGUGGUGAUGACACAGGAUCACCACCCACUAUUCACCAUCUCCAUCUAGGAGACUAAGUUCUGUCUUGUACCUUCGGAAGCGGGCCUCGAAAUGGAGGAAAUUCUCUAAACGGCAGGAGGGUGCUCAAAAGAUGCUGGCAACUGCCAGGCAUGACAAAUAUCCACUAGAAUGUUAGGAUAAAAUGUGAAAAGCACUAUGCAAUGACAUUUGUUAUAACUGACAAUAUUAGCAAGCAAAAGACAGUUCUAAGACAGAUUUUAUAAUGUUGAAAUGGUUUCAUGUUCAGGAAGUUGCAUUUGACAUACUGCUUAUGGGGAAAUGUUUCACUCGAUUUAAACUACGAAGGUGAGUCAAAAAUUAUCCGCACUCUGGCUGUAGAAUUUAUAGAAGUUUUAAUAUAACCAGAGUGUGGAUAAUUUUUGACUAACCCUUGUAUUUUUCAGUGUGUGUGUGUGUGUGUGUGUAAGCCAUGAUAUUCUUUAUGCAUUCUAUGGUGGCUUAAAAAAUAUGUCCAUAACUACUUUGAUACUCCUGUCUUCAAGAGGUGGAGCCUAAUUCCCUUCUCCUUCAGUGUGGGCUGGGUCUUAUUUCUAACGAGUAGAAUAAAACAGAAGAGACAGUGUGCAACCUCGGAGACUAGCUCAUCAAAAGGCACUGCUGCUGUCAGCUUGGUUUCUCUCUGUUGGAUGAUCCUUCUAGAGGAAACCAGCUGCCUUUUGAGAGGCCCAGGUGGUAAAGAGCAGCCGGCAAGGAACUGAGGUCUCAGCCCAGUCAAGUCUUCAGAUGACUGUAGCCCUGGCCAACAUCUUGACUGCAACCUCUUGAGAGACCCUGCAUCAGAACCACCCAGCGAAACCCUGAUUUCCUGACCCUCAGAAACUACAUAAGAUAAAUAUUUUUGAUUUUUUACUGAUGAAACAAGGCAGCAAGAUGUCAUAAUGUAAAGAUAUUAUCUAGGCUGUGGAGUUGUUGCAAGGAAGAGAGGAGGGCACGCGAGGAUGUUCACAGGUCUCAGGUGAGUCCCUGGGACAGCCACCAAGUGUGGGUUCUUAGCUUCAUGUAGGAAAGAAUUCAAGAGCAAGCCAUAGUAAAGUAAAAUAAGAUUUAUUUAGGAAGAUACACAUUCCGUAGGCAGACCGUGGGCCAUCUUGGAAGGCAAGAGGCACCAGGGUAUGUGGUUGUCAGUUUUUAUAGGGAUGGGUAAUUUCAAAGGCUAAUGAGUGGGAGGAAUAUUCCAGGUAUUUGGGGGAAGGGGUGGGGAUUUCCAGGAACUGAGCCACCACCCACUUUUUGACCUUUUAUGGGUAGCUUUGGAACUGUCACAGCACCUGUGGGUGUGUCAUUUAGCUUGCUGAUGUAUUGCAAUGAGCUAUACUGAGGCUCAAGGUCUAGUGGAAGUCAGUGGUCUGCCAUCUUGAACCUAGUUGGUUCUAAUCAGUUUAUGUCGUGUCCUCGGGCUAUAUCAUUCUUUUAAAUGUUGUGGCCUGCCCCUUUCCUGUCUGAGAGUCAACAGAUCUAGUUCAAAUUCUGUUUUUUUCCAAGCUGUGUAGGUAAUAUACUUAACGUCUUCAAGUCUCAGUUUCCCCAUCUGUAAAGUGGGAAUAAUAAUACCUGCCUCAGAGAAAUGUAAAGUAUCUAGCGGGGUGCUUGGCUGGAGGUGGGCUCCUGUGAUAAUCAAUGUUUGUUGCUUUUCCAACAGCCGUUCCCUGUUUGAUUUCCUCCCUCUGCCCCAGGGGGUGAAUUAUUAUUGGCCUUUUGCUGAUAAUUGGCCUGGGGUAGGGAUAAGGGGGAGAGUGGGCCAGUGAUCCAGUUCUGGCUAAUGAGAGGUAAGGAAAAUUGGCUGGGGCUUCUGAGAAAGAUAUUCUUUCAGAAUUAAAAAAAAGGGAAAUGAAAGCUUGUGCUAUUCCUUCCCUUUUUCUUCCUGCCCUCAAUGAGAUGGUGUGAGGUGAAAUUCUUGGAGCUGUGUUAGCAUCCUGUGACUACAAGGAGACAAGCCUAUGGGUAAGGAGCUAACACCCAAAGAUGUCAGAAGAAUAUGUUUGAAAGUAACUUUGUGCUAAAAGACCUUUAGGAACCACAGCUAGCCAGAAACUACCUACCUCCAAUCCACCUGAGAUAUGGGAUAAUUAACAUGUCUUUAAAUGUAUGCCAGUGGUUCUCAAAGUGUCAGGAUCACCUGGGAACUUGUUGGAAAUGCAAAUUCUCAGCCCCCACCCCAACAUCCUGAAUCUGUGUUUCAGAAUUAGGUGAUUAUGAGGCAUGCUCAGAUUUUAAUGGCCCUGUUUUCUCAGUAGGGUUUCUGCCAAAACCUUCCUGCGGGCUCAAACAGUCCAUGCAGAAUGGUCAAAGGGUUCUACAGUAUUCCCCAGAGGUAGCUUCCU